GGGGGCGACCCUGAGCGCACCCCGCGUUCCCUCGGCGGGGACCCCGACACUCUCGAUCGUCCCGCUCCUGCCCUCUCCCUGCCGUCUGCCCGCCUUUGGACAUGGAGGGGGCCGUGGCGCCCGCGGUGGCGGGGGACGGUCCUGACUUGGGGUCCGGGGCGCCGGGUUCGCCUCCGGAGGCAGCAGCCGGGGCGACUGUGGUCCCCGCGCAGGCGGCCGCGGCGGUGGUGGCGGCGGCGGUCUCGGAGCCCAGGAAGCCACACGGAGUGAAGCGGCAUCAUCACAAGCACAACUUGAAGCACCGCUAUGAGCUGCAGGAGACCCUGGGCAAAGGCACCUAUGGCAAAGUCAAGAGGGCCACCGAGAGGUUUUCAGGCCGAGUGGUUGCUAUAAAAUCCAUCCGUAAGGACAAAAUUAAGGAUGAACAAGACAUGGUACACAUCAGACGCGAGAUCGAGAUCAUGUCGUCCCUCAAUCAUCCUCAUAUCAUCAGUAUUUAUGAAGUGUUCGAAAACAAGGAUAAGAUUGUGAUCAUCAUGGAGUACGCUAGCAAAGGGGAGCUGUAUGAUUACAUCAGCGAGCGGAGACGCCUCAGCGAGCGGGAGACCAGGCACUUCUUCCGGCAGAUCGUCUCCGCUGUGCACUACUGUCACAAGAACGGUGUGGUCCACCGGGACCUGAAGCUGGAAAAUAUACUGCUUGAUGACAACUGCAACAUCAAGAUCGCUGACUUUGGGCUUUCCAACCUGUACCAGAAGGACAAGUUCUUGCAAACGUUUUGCGGGAGCCCACUCUACGCAUCUCCUGAAAUUGUCAAUGGGAGGCCUUACCGAGGACCAGAGGUGGACAGCUGGGCCCUGGGCGUGUUGCUCUACACCCUUGUUUAUGGGACGAUGCCCUUCGACGGUUUCGAUCACAAAAACCUCAUUCGGCAGAUCAGCAGCGGGGAGUACCGGGAGCCCACACAGCCCUCAGAUGCUCGAGGGCUGAUUCGGUGGAUGUUGAUGGUGAACCCUGACCGCCGGGCCACCAUCGAGGACAUUGCCAACCACUGGUGGGUGAACUGGGGCUACAAGAGCAGCGUCUGUGACUGCGACGCCCUGCACGACUCCGAGUCCCCGCUCUUGGCUCGGAUAAUUGACUGGCACCACCGCUCCACGGGGCUGCAGGCUGAGGCCGAGGCCAAGAUGAAGGGCUUGCCCAAACCCGGCCCCUCCGAGGUCAUGCUGGAGCGCCAGCGGUCACUGAAGAAGUCCAAGAAAGAGAAUGACUUUGCCCAGUCGGUCCAGGACCCUGCGCCCGAAAGCCCACCCAAGCUGACCUCCAAGAGGCCCAAGGGGAUCUUGAAGAAACGAAGCAACAGUGAGCACCGCUCCCACAGCACUGGCUUCAUCGAGGGGGUGGUCAGCCCCACCUUACCCUCUUCCUAUAAGCUGGAGCAGGACAUGUGCCGGACAGGGGGGCCCCUCCCCAGCUCCCCCGAAGCCGAAGUGCCUGGGAAACUCAGCCCAAAGCAUUCGGCCACCAUGCCCAAGAAAGGGAUCCUGAAAAAGACUCAGCAGAGAGAAUCGGGUUACUACUCCUCUCCGGAGCGAAGCGAGUCUUCAGAGCUGCUGGACAGUAAUGACGUGAUGGUCAGCAGCAUCCCUUCCCCAAGCCCCCCGGACCCAGUCAGGGUAGCGACCCACAGCCUCUCCUGCCGGAGGAAGGGUAUCUUAAAACACAGUAGCAAGUACUCCUCGGGCGCCAUGGACCCGGCCCUCAUCAGCCCCGAAAUGCCCACACUGGAAUCCUCGGCCGAGCCCGGCAUCCCCACAGAGGGCCUCUCACGGAGCUACAGCCGGCCGUCCAGCGUCAUCAGCGAUGACAGCGUCCUGUCCAGUGACUCCUUCGACUUGCUGGAUGUACAGGAGAAUCGCCCCGCCCGCCAGCGCAUCCGCAGCUGCGUCUCUGCUGAGAACUUCCUCCAGAUCCAGGACUUUGAGGGCCUCCAGAACCGGCCCCGGCCCCAGUACCUGAAACGGUACCGGAACCGGCUGGGAGACAGCAGCUUCUCCCUCCUCACGGACAUGGAUGACGUGACUCAGGUGUACAAGAAAGCCCUGGAGAUCUGCAACAAACUGAACUAA